AUGUUUUAUAACCAAAGGCUCACAGCGAUUGACGACAGUGGCCGAGUCCACAAUUCGACCCACCGAUUUCGUAAGAACUUCCAUCUCAACAAAGUUUUACAAUUCCCUCACCAUCCUCAUAUCCGUCAUCCGCAGCGUCGAAUUUGUUACCAUUUGAAGGAUAAUAUAAUACAACCCCAUCAAAAUAUCGAUAUGCCUGCUGCCGGAGCACCCGCCGCCAAGGCCAAAUAUAGUUUGCUCGACGACUAUAGCGAGGGGGCACACCCUGAGGUUUUGACUGCCCUGCUGCAGAGCAAUGGUACUCAAGAAGUAGGGUACGGCCGCGACACGUUCAGCGAGGAAGCAAAGCAUCACAUCCGAAGCCAUCUCGGCAGCCAAGAUGUCGGGGUCUUCUUUGUGCCGAGCGGCACCUCUGCAAAUGCGAUUUCCAUUGCUGCAUGCCUUCGCCCCCAUGAAGCCGUCAUUGCAGCCAGCUCCGGGCAUAUUGUUACACGUGAAACUGGUGCCGUUGAGGCUAGCGGUCACAAAAUCAUCAAUGUCGUCCCGGAGAAUGGAAAAUUGACACCGGCCAGUAUCGGCAAGGCGCUCGACGAUAAUUGGCACUUUCCGCACAUGGCCAAGCCUCGCCUGGUGUACAUCUCGAACGCUACCGAGAUUGGUACCGUCUAUACGAAGGCAGAGCUGACAGCCAUCAAGCGUCUCUGCGAAGAGAAUGGGCUGCUUCUCUUUGUCGACGGUGCCCGCAUCGGCUGUGCAUUGACAUCUUCCAAAAAUGACUUGAACCUAAACGAUAUACUUGAACUGACUGAUAUCUUCUGGAUUGGGGGCACCAAGAAUGGUGCGCUCCUUGGAGAGGCUGUUGUGGUCAAGCAUCCGCAGCUAGCUGAAGACUUUGAAUUCUUCGUCAAGCAGCAUGGUUCGCUCCUGGCCAAAGGUAGAAUCAUGGGUGUGCAAUUUGCGGAGCUGUUCAGGGAGAACCUGUACUUUGAUCUGGCGCGUCAAGCCAACCGCGCGGCGGAGAAGCUAUCGCAAUCCAUUGUUGGGGCUGGGUUUGCGCUGCGAGCUGAGACGGAGACGAAUCAAGUCUUUGCUGUUCUGCCUUUGGAACUGGUCAAGACUCUGCAGCAAAACUUCUCCUUUUACAUUUGGGAAAAGUACAACGACGAGUGGGCCGUGAUUCGUCUUCUGACGACGUGGGCCACGGACCCAGAGCAGCUGGAGCGCUUUAGCAGUAUUGUGCUGCACUGGACGAAAUGA